UGGCCGAGGAAGGUUUGCGGGCGGGCGCCUGGGAGUUGAGAGCAGAACGGCACAUUCUCCUGACUGUCAUCUCGUCUCUGUCCGUUUUCUCUUCCUCUCUCCGUUUCUCUCUCUCCUCUCUCUCCUCUCUCAUAUUUGUCUGCUCUGUCUCAUAUCGGACUUAUACUGCGCUCCGCUUCGCUCUGUUGUCAAAUUUCCUGUUGUGAAUAUCUCUCGAUCAUCAGACGCAAUCGGUCACAAAUCCUCCAGUCUCUCAGGCCUUCCGAGUUCACUCUCUGUUCGUCAUCAUGAAUCCCAUGAGUCCUAUGUCACCCGCUGAGGCACCCAGGAGGGCCCACCUCUACGUCGGCAACCUGAGCCCUAGGGUCACGGAGUACAUGCUCACGGAGAUCUUCGCCGUGGCCGGGCCCGUGCAGCACGUCAAAAUCAUCCCCGAUCGUAACUACCAACACGGAGGUCUCAACUAUGGCUUCGUCGAGUACAUGGACAUGCGUGCCGCCGAGACAGCCUUGCAGACUCUUAAUGGCCGCAAAAUAUUCGACACCGAGAUUCGCGUCAACUGGGCUUACCAGGGGCAGCAGAACAAGGAGGAUACGUCGGGCCAUUUCCAUGUCUUUGUCGGCGACCUCAGUCCGGAGGUCAACGACGACGUCCUCGCCAAGGCGUUCAGUGCGUUCGGUACGCUUUCCGACGCUCGUGUCAUGUGGGACAUGAACUCGGGCAAGUCUCGCGGAUAUGGCUUCCUCGCGUUCCGCGACAAGACCGACGCCGAGCAGGCGAUCGCUACCAUGAACGGCGAGUGGUUGGGUUCACGCGCUAUUCGUGUGAACUGGGCGAACCAGAAGACCCAGGGGGCCCCUGCUGCCGCCUCGCCCUCGAUUGGUCGCAUUGGCGGCGGCGGCGGCAUGGGCGGCGGUGCACCUGCACCCAUCAACUUCCAGGGCGGCCCGCUGUCGUACGAGGGGGUCGUGCAGCAGACGCCACAAUACAACACGACCGUCUACGUCGGCAACCUCCUCGACACGCAUGAACAUGCCGCCAUGGCCAUCGUCCAGCUCCAGGGCCAGAUGUGCAGCUGGGGCAAGGACCGUGCCGAUGGGGGAGCAGCGCUCUCUACGCCCGCUGCUACGCCCUACGGCAACAUGCCAAUGUACGGCAUGCCACAGCCCAACACGUACGGCCAGUACGGUUUCGGUGCGUACGGUGGCUUCCCCAAUCAAGCGGGCGCGACGGGCACUCCAGGUGCAGCUGCUUCGAGCAUGGGUAGUCCAGCGCAGUGGGGCGGUGCCGACCCGAACUCGUACUACUCGAAUUACUGGGGUGGCUAUUACGGCCAGCAAGCCCAAGGUGACCCUCAACAUCAGGGUGCCUAAUCACGACCAUCUCCCUUGCCAAGUGUAGCUGUUAUUCAUGGGUCAUGUUUGUCAGUCUGUGCGAGUACGGCCCUGUCUUUACCUUGUCCGCCCACCAUGCACGAUUAGCUCAUUAGCAUUGUCUCUCAAAAUCGUCUCUUUUCAUUCAUUCACGGUUAUAUUCGCAGUGCAGACGUCUUUGCUCUUGUGAUGAAAUAAGCCCUCCUGCUCCGUUUUUAUGCCUCAAUUGAUAACAAUGUGUUGUAUAGCUAUCUAUCCGUCCUCGCGCUAGCUUGUGCGUACUGUGCGUUCACGGUGUUGUUAGGUAGAACAAUCUCAUCUCUCAAAUCGUCCUCGGUCCUGUGAUC